AUGGCUAAUUUUGACAUUAUCAUCCUCUUCAAUCUCCUUUCCGACAUUCCUCGUGAUUUUUAUUCUUCAUCUCAUCCACUUUUUACGCAUUCUUCUUCUAAUUUUUCUACAUUUCGUCGUCGUCGUCAUCAACGUCUUCCUACAUCACCAUAUGCUUCUUUAUUUUCUUCUUCAUUCGUCGUGAUCAUCGUCUUCUUUCCUCGCCAUUUUCUUCUUCUUCACAUCGUCGCCGUCGUCAUCAUCAUUUUCAUCCAUUACUAUGUACUUUUCUUCUUCUUCUUCUACUUCUUCUUCUUUUUCUUCUUCUUCUUCUCAUUAUUAUUAUUAUUAUUAUUAUUAUUAUUAUUAUUAUUAUUAUUAUUAUUUCUCCUCUGUUUCUUCACUUCGUCGUUUUCAUCAUUGUCUUCAAAAUUCUGCCAUCUUCUUCUUCUUCUUCUUCUUCUUCUUCUUCCUCUUCUUCGUCGUCAUCGUAGUCUUCAUACUUCGCUAUUUUCUUUUCUUUUUCCUCUUCUUCUCCACUUCGUCGUCUCGUCGUCAUUAACUUCUUCUUUCUCCAACUUCUUCUUUACGUCUUCUUCCUCCACCCCCUCUUCUUCUUCUUCUUCUUCUUCUUCUUCUUCUCCACUUCAUAGUCAUCAUCUUCAUCGUUAUCUUCCUUCACGUUUUUUUCUUUCUUCUACAUCCUUUUCUUUUUCUUCAUCUUCUUUACUUCAUUGUCGUCUUCAUCAACGUCCUCAUCAACGUCUUCUUCGUCCAUCUUCUUCUUCUUACUUUCAUAUAUUUCAUGACCUCUUAUUCCCUUUUUCAUUCCGGACAUCUUUCCAUUCAAUUUCUUUCCUCUCCUUAUUUUUAAUCUCCAUUGUUUUUUUUCUAUCCCUCCCUUACACUAUUAUUCUAUUAACUUUUCUAAUGAUUCCUGAACGCAUCGAUUGUUGCUUCUUUCUGCCAAUCCUCGCCUUCUUUUCCAGACGAACAAACAGUAAGUUCCCAAUCCGCUAA